AUGGAGGCCCCUGUUCUAAUACAACCAAAGUCUGGAAAGGAGUUUACUGUGUACAGCGAUACAUCACAUGUCGGUUUGGGAUGUGUAUUAAUGCAAGAGAUUAAGGUGGUAGCGCAUGCAUCUCCUCAGCUUAAGACUCAUGAGCGUAGAUGGAUUGAGCUGCUUAAGGGCUACGACUGUACUAUUGAAUACCACCCUGGUAAGGCUAAUGUGGUGGCCAACGCACUGAGCCGUAGAGCUAUGACUGACCUGAGGGUGAUAUUUGCUCGGCUCAGUUUAUUUGAUGAUGGUAGUCUGUUGGCUGAACUUCAAGUUGAGAAAGGGAAUACCGAGGAUUUUGGACUAAAUAGUAAAGGGGUGCCUCAUUUCCAUGGGAGAAUCUGUGUACGAAAAGAUACUAAAUUGAAGCAGUCUAUAUUGCGAGAGGUGCAAGUAGCCCCUAUGCUAUGCAUCCUGGUAGAAGUUAAGGCUGAGCAUCAGUUACCUUCAGGUUUGUUACAGCCAAUCAAGAUUUCGCUUUGGAAGUGGGAGAGAGUGACUAUGGACUUCAUUAGUGGGUUACCCCUCACACCUACUAAGAAGGAUUUUUUAUGGGUCAUCAUGGAUCGAUUGACCAAGUCUGCCCACUUCAUACCGGUUCGUACCGACUACUCUCUGCAGAAGCUGGCUAAACUGUAUAUGUCUGAGAUAGUGAGACUGCAUGGGUUGGAGUUACCUCCAGAGUUAGAUCGAAUUCAUGACGUGUUCCACGUCUCUAUAUUGAGGCGCUACCGCUCUGAUCUCAUGCAUAUUGUUCCUGUUGAGGAAAUCGAGGUUAAGCUAGAUCUGACCUUUGAGGAGGAGCCAGUUCAGAUAUUGGAGUGA